AUGAAUAAUAGUAAUAGUAAUAGUAAUAAUAAUAAUAUAGAAAUGAAUAAUAGUAAUAAUAAUAAUAAUAAUAAUAAUAAUAAUAAUAAUAAUAAUAAUAAUAAUAAUAAUAAUAAUAAUAAUAAUAAUAAUAAUAAUAAUAAUAAUAAUAAUAAUAAUAAUAAUAAUAAUAAUAAUAAUAAUAAUAAUAAUUAUAUACCAUUAUAUUUACAAAAAUAUAUUAUAAAGAUAUUAUGUAGUUAUAUUAAUACAAAUAAUAAAUUAGUAACAAUGCCAAAUGUAGAACUUUAUCGUAUUGAUGAAGGUGUAAUAAAGAGGUUAAUGAUGAAUUUAGCAUUGGUUUCAAAGGAAUGGUUUAAAACUUUAUCAAAUAAUUUAACAGUAUCAAUUGAUUUCAAUUAUAAAGAGAAUAAUAAUAAUAAUAAUAAUAUUGGUGAUGACAGAUAUUCUAUAAUUAAAAUGGAAAAUAUAAAAACUUUGAAAUUACAUUUUGACCAAAGACAUAAUCAAAUUUAUGAAAUGAUUGGUGGUAUUGAAAAACUUGAAAUACCAAUAAAAACUGUACAUAAAAAAUUAAAAAAAUUAAAUUUAUCAUCAACUUUAACAAAUACAAAUAUAAAUAAUAAUAAUAAUAAUAAUAAUAAUAAUAAUAAAUUAUUUAAUAGAAUUAUAAUUAGAAAUUUAUAUUUUGAUUUCCAAUUAUUACAAAAAUUUAUAGAUACAUUAUAUCAUAAAAAUAAUAAUUGUUUAGCAAUUGAAAAUAUAACUAUUGCAGAAUUAGAGAUUAAGAAAAAUAUUGGUAUUAGUGAUAUCAUUGCAUUAAAGAAAUUUGUAAAGAAAGUUAUAAGAUUAACACUUGAAGAUCCAUUUUCAAUGGAAGUAGUUUUAGAGAUAUUUAAAACAUGGUCAAAAUCAAUUCAAUAUUUUAUAAUAGAUGGUGAAAAUCCACCAAAUCUUCUUAGCAAAUUAACAGGUUUAGAUAGUAGUGGUAGUGGUAUUGGUAGUAGUAGUGGUAGUAGUAAUGGAAUCAACUAUUUCUCAAAUCAAUUAAAAGAAUUAAACGUUUGCAAAAUGCCAAUAACAAUUCAAGAAUUAAUUGAAAUUUUAAAAUCAAAUAGAAAUUUAAUAAACCUCUCUUUUAAUUUUUGUUUUGAUUCUUUAAUUUAUUUUUUAUCAACAGAAUCUGAAAAAUUAAAAGAUCAAUCAAUUAAAAGAUGUUCAUGUAAUAGUUUAUUUAAAUUUAUUGAUAAUAAUAUUAAUAAUAAUACUAAUAAUGAUAACGAUAAAAUUGAAAAAGAAUUAAUUGAAUUUGAAAAAUAUUGGAAACAAUUAGUUGAAUUAUUUUCAAAUCAAAAAUCAUUAACAUUUUUAGAGAUUGGUCAUGAUUGUGUAUUUAAUAAUAAGUAUAGUUUUAUGAGUUGGAAAGAAAAGAAACCAUUUCCAGAGAAUGUUGAUAAAAAACUUGGUAUAUUAAUUUCAUCAAUUCCAAAUUUAAAUAAUAUUAAAUUCUUUUCAGGAACAACAUGUGCAAAUCUUUUCUUUGAAAUUGCAAGUAGAAAUCAAUCUAUUACCUCAAUUAAACCAUCUGCAAUCAAUAGGUAUUGUAACCCUACAAAAUACUCUGAUGAUCUUAAAAGAUUAUGUGAAAAUUUCUCUCAUAUUCAAGAAUGUUCUUUAACAAUAUUACCAGAUAAUACUGUUUACUUUAAUUAUAAUAAAAACAAUAAUAAUAAUAAUAAUAAUAAUAAUAAUAAUAAUAAUAAUAAUAAUAAUAAUAAUAAUAAUAAUAAUAAUAAUAAUAAUAAUAAUAAUAAUAAUAAUAAUAAUAAUAAUAAUUAUAAUGAUAGUGAUAAUAAUAAAUAA